AUGACGUCUAUUCUGCGCUUAAAUAAAGACCGCUCCUCAUUUCUAUUCAGGAGGAAUGGCGCCAACGAUGGUGCCAACAAUGACAAGCUUGAAUUGACUUUGCCUGACAUUUCGCGGCUGGAUACCAAAUCCUUUUCCGACCUGUUCGACCAAUUCACAAAUUAUCCCACUCCGGAUGAGCCCACAGCACAUAUAUACGAAUCACCGACUUCAUCAUUGUCGACGAGGUUCACAGCAGCAGGAGGCGCCAAACCAGAUCUACGAACCCAGGCAAUGAUGAGCCAAAAGACUUACGGCAACCAGUAUAGUAAUCUGUACCUCGAUAUAGCCAGGAACGACUCCACAGGAUCCUCCCGUUACUCUCAAGCCAGUCAAAGAGAGAGCGACUUCUCGCCUUUGGUCACAAGGCAAUCUUCGAGCUCCAGCUAUUCACCUUGUCUUGAGCCUUGGUCUACAGACUCUACCGCCGUGCCGGCGAAGAACAAGCCAUCAAAUAUAUCAAUAAAAUCUGUUAAGCAUGCUUCGGCCGGCACCAGCGGAUCAUACGAAACAACGCAUCGUUCAAGAUCGAAGGCAAGAUCACCUGGCAAUCAAUUACCCCUAUCACCUUUGAACCUUGACAAGCCUCUGCCUCCAGGCCCAGAUGAGCGGAAGGCUGCAUCAUUAUCAGCACCUAAUUUACUUCUCACCCAGUCAAGCAAAUCCGUCAAGCCGGUAAUCAAGCAUAAUCGAUGCCUUCUAUCAACACCGACGCCUAGCCAGCCAGCAUUUUCUCAUCCCGAGAGAACGACUUCUGUAAGGCGCGCAUCGACUGGGCAAUCAAUAUCGGAAUUGCCCGCCUGGACACCAAAAGCAAUUCGAGAAGCACGGCGAGGAAAGGCAGCAGCACCUGCUCACCGAAGGAAACGCUCUGCAUCCGAAGACGUCGCAUCUCGGGAUCCCACUAUCACACUUCAAAAGCGCCAUACGAUGAAUAUCACACCAUCUUCGGUCCCAGCUACAAUGACCGGCGGUUUACAAUUGCCUAAACGUCGCCGGCAACAGCCACAUAGUCUGAUCUCAGCUACUACAGCGGAAAAUGUCAUCCACAGGAUCAUGAGCAAUCUCGAUAGCCUUGAUGAUUUGGUGUCUGCAGCACUCGUGAGUAAAGGCUUCUUGAGGACGUUUCAGCGCAAUGAAUCCGCACUGGUCAGCCAUAUCAUGUUCAAGACUUCUCCUCCUGCAUGGGAGCUGCGGCGAAGUAUUUUGGCUCAGCAAGAUUCGAAUAUCUUUAGUGUCAAAGACUUUCGAGAUGACUUCAAGACACUGGCAACCUGGCGGGACUAUGCUUUGAAACAACACCACCGAAAUGGGUCAUUGUUCAAGCCUGCUACACUCGAUGGGCUACUUGGCUAUAACGAGCAAAGAAGGGUCGAUGUUGAAAAUGCAUUCCAGCGCAUCUGGACGUUCUGUGUGCUCUUUGGCGGGUCGACUGAUCAAGCCGGAACAGCCCAGAUACAGAUUGAUUGGCUCAAUGGCAGCAGGGCUCCAAAGAAUCAGAAACUUGGAGCAGGUUUCGGAGUCGGCAACCACAAAGGCCUAGGCACCUCGGAGCUGGAAGACAUUAGUGAGAUCUGGCAUUCUCUACAAAGCCUGCUCGCAGGCUUUCACGGACGAGAGCAAGAAGCUCGAAGGUACGGUGUGUUUGACAAUUGGCAAGUUGGACAGAACACUUCAGAGCAGGAACACCUGACCGAGUGGAUUUCGCACUUGGUCGCACUUGGACCGCGAACUCUGCUUUCAGUUUCUUCUUGUUCAUUCCAACAAGCGGCCGCACUAGGCCUCUCAAUGAAUUGGGGACUGCCUCCAGUAGGUCAGAGUCGAACCUCCUUUCUCAUGGCGGCUAUCUCACAGGUAUAUCAAGACCGACUAAUCGAAGAAGCAACGCUGAAGGCUGCCCGAUUCUCAAUGCCUAGGAUACCUACUCAUAGACCGACGAGAUCAUUCGAUGAGAGGCAAUUAAGCACUGUUGAUCCCAGUACUACGAAGAUAACGCAUGCGCAAUCCUUACGCAUCGACACUUCCGUUCCAAAGAGAAGACCAGUCUCGACUUUUGUUACAGCAACUGCUAGUACACGCCUCGAAAUCCGUCCCGAUUGUGACCCUCUCAAUCUUCCAUCUGGAGUGUCUAACAUCCUACCCACGUCACCUUCGGCGGAUCCAUCAGUUUUCUACGGACUGGCUGCGGCCCCUGCUGUAAGUACCAAACUUGGUGCUACGCUUUUCCCAAUGCAGUACGCCGUUCCUGGGCCCAGGAUACCUUUUCAGCAGCCAGAACGGGCCGCACAGACAAACUUCGAGGUGAUUGACCCCGUCGAUAAAGCCAUGAAUGUGCUCGUAAAAGAGUUAGGUUUUGAAGAAACAAGAGCAAGAAAGGCGUUAGCUAUGUGUGAUAGCGGCUCUGGUAUCGACCUGCAAAAGGCUGUUGAAUUGUUAGCGAUCGAUGCAAAAGCUGUAACUCGACGUCCAGUGUCUCCUGUGGAGCUACCAACGCCCCAGGAUCUCGUCAGCCCGAAAGCUGGCAGAAAGCAGCCCAAAACUUACUGUAGCGGGCACUGCAAGACCAGUGGCAGCGUUCACUCGAGGAAGAAAUCCACUGGAAGUGCGUCGAUUGCUUCCGUUAGUCCUAUAUCGAUGAUAGAGGAACGACGGUGGCAAAGUACGGUGACGGUUCAAACGACAGGAGCAGAAACGACACCACGCGCAAAGAGCGUGGGCUUCAAAGCAUGGAAAGUCCUCGGAAUGAACGAUAAGCCAUAUCGAAAGAAUUCUAUCCUUGGAAUGGAAGAAUACCAGGCAAAAGUUGAAAGGAAAAAGAGCAUGCGGGCGACCAGUGGGAGUCAAGCCCCAAGAGUCAAGGAAGGCCUCAGCACGAAUUUACUGGGAAUUGGUCUCGGCAUGGGCGGUUCUGCCGUUGGCAAGAAUGCAGAAACUCAGUUGGAACACGCCAGAGCGAAAGAGCGGUUGAAGAAGGAAAGACCUGGGACUUUUUACAGGCCACGAAACAAUGCCAGUGCACCACUGUUCACUUGA